AUGAUACUAAGGCUUGGUGCGCAAUACACGUCCAAGAGCGUAGUGGAGCUUUUUGAGCAUCUGAAGGCAGACGAAGACCUACUGUUGGGCAUAGAAGAGCCACUAGAAUGUUUAAUAGCACAAAGUAAUGAUCCAGAGUAUGUACUAGAAGUGAUGCAUAAAACAGACACAGAGCUUAUUACAGUGUGUAUAAAGUCUCUUGACUUUAAGAUCGAUGCUGAUAUUACUAAUCUUGAGCUUGUAAUACUGAAAGCGGUGAGUAAUGUGCUUGGAUAUCAAUGCACAAUGAUGCAUGGAUUUGUAGUCAAAGAUUCAAAUGGAAUCAAAACAAGGCCAAUAAUACCGAUAUUUUUCAGAUAUACAUUAGGCGUUUCUGUUACUGAUUACAUUACAUACGUCAAAGAAGAGGAGACUGAAGUAAAUGAAGUUGAACAGGUGAGGUUGAUACGUUGUUUCUGUAUGGGACCAAUUAUGACUUGCUUGUUGCGUUCGAGGGCCAUGAGAUUUACCUGCGAUGAGAUUGGCACAAGUGUUGUACUAAUGCAGCGCGAUGGAGUGAUAUUUAUGGCGCCAUCAAGCAUAAGUGUGGUUAGUAUGGUGCAUAGUACAGUGUCUUUAGUAAAUAUGGAAAUGUUUCUUAAGCACUUGAGGAAGUUUCCGUUCAGAUUAGUUGAUUUCUUUGUGAAUGCAUACUUAGAACCUGAUUCAGCAGAGUCCAGUAAAAGAUUAAGUGAAUGCUUUGCAGAGCUUCAGGACAAUCUUACGAAGCUUGAGAUGAAAUGUAUUUGUAGUAUUUUGUCGAAUGCACCUGUAUUUCUUGAUUCCAGGGAUAAAGUGACUGAAAGAAUCGAGAAGUUUUAUGCGUAUAAUGCAAAACCAUUCAGAAGAGAUGGAGGAAAGUAUUUGAGCUUCAAGGAGGAGGAGUUUGUGGAUAGACAUCCAAUAGGAUCUUUGAAGAGGUAUUUCAAGGAUUUGUGA